AUGGAGCACCCCUGGUUCUUCCACGGUGUGAGCGACGGAGGCGAGCAGGAGCAACUGAUGCGCGGCCACAAGGAGGCGGCGUGGUUCAAUACGGAGUUCGAGGAGGACAUGGCACGGGCCAUGACCGCGUUCGACAUCAUGGCAUUCUCGCCCGGGUCGGACCUCUCUGGGAUGUUCGGCGCCGGGCCGGGCACGGAGCGGGUGUUCGUGGGCGAGCCCGCCACUAUCAUGCUGGCCCGGGUCGAGGAAGUCGGGAAGAAGCGAGGGCACCGCGUGAGGAGGGAAGGCUACCACGCCGGGCCGGUGUACGUGGAGGCGGUGGCCGGCGGCAUUGUUGCCAAGGUGACUGUGUUUAGGAUCGUUGAUGCAAUGUCAGUGGUCGAGGUCGUGAAGGGCCACGACACGGAGGCUGCGGCGUUCUGGAAGGACUGGCUCGAGCCGGUCGUGAAGCCUCGGAUAGUGUGA